AUGGUCAAAACUCUUGCCAUCACCGACCGUUUUGAUGAUCUUCACUCCCUCCUUCAAGGUAUGGUCUCCAACCCCUGUCCCUGUUCCGAUGGCAUUUUCUCGUGCCCGAGGUCUAAACCCAUUUUCAGAUUUGCGCUAAAUGCUUUUUGUAGGGUUGGGAGGUUGGAGGAUGCUGAGAUUUCUUUUGAAAGUAUGCGAAGAAUGAUUGAUGGGAAACCUAGUGUAGCAAUGUAUAAUAUUUUGAUUAAUGGGUAUGUCAAUUGUAGAGAGCAUGAGAAAGUGAUGACUGUUUAUGAGAAGAUGAUUAAGGAUAGGGUCAAACCUGAUGUCUUUACAUUCAAUAGCUUGAUCAGUAGUUGUUGUCGGAAUUCACAAUUCGGGUUGGCUCUGGAAAUGUUUAAAGAGAUAAAGGAUAAGGGAUGUAGUCCUAAUGUCGUUAGUUUUAACACUUUGAUUAAGGGGUCUUUCAGGGAAAGGAAGUUUGAAGAGGGGAUUGGGAUGGCAUAUGAGAUGCUUGAGUUGGGAUGCGAGUUUUCAAAUGUGACUUGUGAAAUUCUAGUGGAUGGGCUCUGCAGGGAAGGUAGGGUUUUAGAGGCAUGUGAUCUCUUGAUUGAUUUUUCAGGGAAAGGAGCAUUACCUAAUGGAUUUGAUUAUUUUUGUCUCAUUGUGGCGCUUUGUGGUGAAGAAAAUGUGGAUCGGGCAUUGAAGCUAUUGGAUCAGCUAUGGAGGAAAGGAAAUGCACCAAGCUCGAUUGCAUGUACUACUUUGAUAGAAGGAUUGAGGAGGUUCAGAAAAACAGAAGAAGCAUUUCCCAACCAUCCACCGUUGAAUGAAUACUCCACAGGGAGUAAUUCGUUGCAAUUAAAUAACAUCAAAUUCACCUCUAUGUAA